AUGUUCGGACUCUGGCUGAUCGGGUACAUCAUUCUGCCUGGAUCUCCCGGGUGGCCGAAGCACUUCAACGGCGCGAAGUUUCACUUCGGCGUUUUGUGUGACCGUCAGCUUUCAUUCAUCAAGAAGGUAAAGCCAGUCACGGGUGAUCCAGACCAUUUCUGCAAGAACGGAGUGGUCUUGAAGAGUGGUGAGACGGUCGAUUGUGAUGUGAUCGUUUGUGCCACGGGGUAUGAUACCCGCUUUGCCGCCCUCGAGUGCUACAAGGAUGGGAAGGCCAUCAGUGUGAAGGAUUGCCCGUUGUACGAGCAUGCGAUCGUGCCAUGCUUCCCAUGCCUGAUCAGCGCGGCCACGGCAUUCUACCACUUCGGCCCAAUCCGGGGGGUCACCUUGGCGGAAUACGUGGUGCAUUGUCUGAGGAGGGGGCCGCUCAGAGAAGAGACAAUGCAGCAAGCGGCAAGCCCCAACCUUUGCACGCAAAUAUCCGCGACAUCCAUUAUUUUUACCAGUGCGACAGUCUUGGUCCGGCAGUGGCUCCUCCUUUUCAUCGACCUGUGGCGAGCCGGUGUGAUAUCAUUGUCCGCCUUCCUUGAGAUUGGCAUAGCCACUUGGGUCACGGGGGUGUGCAAACCACUGCGGCUCAAUGUCGGUAGCUGA